AUGGCGAGAUCUGAAAAUAUCCCCCGCAGUCCCGCACCCGGCCUCGCAUCCCCAGUUCCCCUCUUCUUGCUCCUGCAAAGAAAUAGCCGCCCCUUCUUCUCAUCUCCCCAUCAGUCCGGCGAGCUCCCCGUCCCUUCCGACAAAACCCCCGGCGACCGCGGCCCAGCCCACCCCCAUGCUGCUUCCACGCCGACACGCACGCCGCCCGCUCGCCCCGCGCACUCCACCCUACGCUCCGGCCCCGCCCGACCGCUCUUCGCCGCACCUGCUGUAGCCGCCGGCGCGACCGGCCACCACUGGUCGUGGCUGCGCUGCAAAGAAGCUAGGGUUUUCGCCGCGCCGUCGCCUCCGUCGGACUCCGCCUCCCCGUCGCGGACAUCUCGGGCGACAUGGCUGGAGGGUUGGCCCUCUCCCCUUCGUUAUAGACCAGAUCCGUCAAGCACGUCUCCUGGCGCACGGGAAGCUUCCCAGGAUGGAUUCAGCGUGAGGAUGGAUCCUGCGUCAGGAUGGAUUCGAGAUCGGAUCCAAGGAAAUACAAUGUGUUCUUUUCCAGGCAAUGCUAUGUGUGUUUUAGCCAUGAUCCCUUACUGCCAGUGGGAGUUAGUAAUCUCUCUAGUAUUUUUGGUAAAUGAUUUCCUAAUUGACAUGUUUGGAGACAUUAAGAUGUGGGCGUUUAGAGGUCACUUCGAAGGUUAUGGGAAAUUUUUGCACGGAUAUCUUUCAGGCUGGUUCCAAAGUAGUUUUGAAGACUUCAACAUAUCCCAACAAGAGGAAUGUUGCGUAUGGUACUAUUCGUAGUACUGAUCCAAGAACUAAGGCGUGUGGUAUUGAGUUAGGUGCCGAAUUUGGCCUUGUGCGCAUAGAUCAAUCUUUGCUUGAUAAUGAGGAGUUGGUAAGGGAAGUUUCUGAUUGCAAGACAAUUGGUGAAGCAUUCUCUUCAGGAUACUUAAUUGCAUGGCCUUCAACUUUUAUUCGAGAGAAGGAUAAUUGAGUUACGGUUGAAUUCUUGGAUGCGGAAGCAAAUAAAAUCUGAAGAUUUUAUCUACCAAUAGUCAUAGUUUACAUUGAUAGAUUAAAAAAUGUGAUACUUUUUCUUUCGUCUAGUUGAUGCAAAUUCUAUGGUGUAAUAUUCUUCAUAGUUGUGUUUUCUAUGCUCAAAAUUAUAUGAAUGAUAUCUUUAUUGUAAUGCGUAUGUAUCAUACAUUUGUAUAUUCUUAAUUAGUAUCUUCAUAUUGAGGAUUUC